AUGGAAGAAUACCACUUGAAAUGCAUUGUUACUGGUCCACCAUGUGUAGGAAAGAGUUCAUUAUUACUUCAAUUCUGUGAAAAGGAGUUCUCUACUGAAUUGGAUACUACCGUCGGUGUAGAGUUUCAAUCAAAGACAAUGGAGCUUGAUGGUCAAUUCAAAAUCAAGUUGGAGAUUUGGGAUACUGCUGGUCAAGAAUCUUUUAGAUCGAUUACUAAUAAUUAUUAUAGAGGUGCUCAUAUUGCUCUAUUGGUCUAUGAUAUUACAAACCGACAAUCAUUCCAAUAUUUGGGAAGUUGGCUUGAAGAGAUUGCACAAAUGUCUACUCCAAACAUUGUCACAUUAUUGAUUGGAAACAAGUGUGAUGCAAAGGAACGUAGAGUCGUCACUUUAGAGGAAGCACAAAGAUUUGCAAAGUCAAAUGACCUCAUCUUUAUCGAAACUAGUGCAAAGGAUAACACCAAUGUAGAAAAGGUAUUUGAAGAUGCUGCUCGUCAAGUCAUUACUCUUAUCAAACAAGGUAAAUUGGUUGUAGUCAAUAAGAAACCUCAAAUCUCUUUGAUAAGUGGAACCAAUAAUAAUAAUAAUAAUAAUCCAAAUGGAACAAAUAAUGGAACGAAUAAUAACAAUAAUAAUAAUAAUAGUAGUAAUGGUAAAACUGGUAAUGGUACUACUGGAGAUAAGAAAUGUUGUUAA